UGAUGCUUACCUCUUACAGACAAUCCUUUGCCUUAGGCUCUGGAAUGAUUCACAAACCAACCAACUGAAGUCAUUUCCUGAAUAUUGGUAGGUACAGAUCUCAAAUGUCGUGUAUAGAGGCGUGGACUUACAACAGGAAGUCCUCUGGAAGGCACUCAUGCUCUGAUUCCGUUUAUAACUAGUGAGAAGACUAGAACAUUCACUGAGGAAGGGAAUCGUAUGUACUGCUUCCCAGAAGAUAAUGAAUAAAACCGAUUGUCGCGUCAACUUGGACUUUACAGGCAGAUUCUUGAUUCCUGUUUACAUCUUAGUGUUCAUCAUUGGUCUGGUGGCUAAUGGAUGGGGACUGAAGUCUUUGCAGCACAACUGGAAGAAGCUGGGUAACGUCAACGUGUUUGUUUUCAACCUUGGACUUACGGAUAUUUUGUACCUGCUCACACUCCCAUUUUUGGUGGUGUACUACUUCAUGGGGAGUAAAUGGAUCUUUGGAGAAACGUUCUGCAAGAUAACAAGAUUCUGCUUCAAUGUGAAUCUAUACGGCAGCAUUGGAUUCCUGACUUGUAUAAGUGUGUACAGAUACCUGGCCAUUGUUCAUCCAAUGAGAGCGAUGGGAAGAAUAACUGUCACCCAUUCUGUGAUGAUCUCGGUCACAGUCUGGCUGUUGGUGAGUGUUCAAAGUCUUCCAGACAUGUUCUUCCCCAAGGCACCUAGAAACAACACUGAAAAAUGCUUCGAUACUACGGAUGAAGCCUACGUUGAGGAUUACCUGAAAUAUAAUCUUGGAUGGACCCUCACUGGGUUUUGUAUCCCGUUACUCAUCACACUGGGCUGCUACGGACAUGUGAUUGUUGUUCUCUGCAGCACAAAUACUAUUGACAAGGUACUGAAACAGAGAAGUUUAAAGUUGAUGUUCAUCUUGAUUCUUCUCUUUUCUGUCUGUUACAUCCCCUAUCAUGUAUUCAGAAACCUCAACCUCUGGUCAAGAGUUCUUACCAAACAGGGGAUAUGUUAUAAAUGGUAUAACGGAGUCUACAUUGCUCGUCAGAUAAGUCGUGCUCUUGUGUGUCUGAACAGUGCUCUCAACCCUCUGGUUUACCUCCAUGCACAUGAAAACAUUCGUGCUCAGCUCAGACGACUGAUCCAGCAAGCUUGUCAGGCUGUCAUGCAGCCGUCUGUCCCCCCUACUCAGUCUUCCCUGGUGUAAAUAGUCUGACAUGAGAAUGAAACUGAACAAUUGUAUUGCAUCAUCUUCUAAUAUAAUGCUGUCAAGGUUUAAUGUAUGACGUCGUCAUAUCACCGUAAACCUGUUGCACUUUUUAACAAUUGGUUCAAACAUUUUUUAACAAAAAGUAACUGUUGUAAUCAAACAGGUAAAUUAUGAAUUGAGGACAGUUGGCCUGAUUAAUUUGGUCAUAAAGAUAAUCUUAAAAACUUGUUUAAAUUGUUCACUGGCAAUAUAUUAUAUCUUAAAGAGCAAAUUUUAGUAACUUGCAAUUCUUUGUUCGGUAGAAAUUUAUGCCACACAACGACCCCAACUAUUGUGUUGACGGAAUUUAAUUUCUGCGUGAGCAGUGUAGUUUUUUAACUUGUACAGUUUUGUUUGUGUGUUCAUAGCCGGAUGACAUCGCACUUAUUUCUUCAUUUGUUUUGUUGUAAAUAAUUCAUGUAGUGAGAAAUGUUCCACUAUUUUACACCUCCUGCAUUUUAACUCUAAAAUGAUUUGAAAUUGUAUAUUUUUUUCAUAUUGCAUUUACAGACUCAUAGUUAUUUUGUACAUACUGUGGCAUUUCAUAUGUUUGUCUGAUAUUUCUCUUCAUUAUUCAUCAAAAGUCAUUGUACAGUACACGUCUUCCUCUUGCAGCACACAGUACCACAGAAGUCACUUUUGGUAUUUCAUAUGAAAAAUGAAGCCAAAAUAACUACAACUAUUACUUGUAAUGGCUUUUAUUUGUUGAUGUCUUUUUCAUAGUUUUGCACUAAAGCUUGCACUGUGCUUCUGAAGGCUUUUUCCAGUAAGACCAGAUUACCUUUAUACACAUCCUGACAUCUAGUGGACAAAGUACUGAACCGCUGAGGCACAACAACACCUUUAUCACAAACAUCUUGAGAACAUAAGAUUGCAUUUUAUACCAUUGCUUUUUACAUUUGGUCUAGAGCUGGUCCAAACUAUACAAGCACACAUGUAAAAAAUGAAUUCAUGAAUGGAAAACCAAAGUAUUGGACACUUUGAAAAUGUGGUCACACUAUAGAGGAAAGGUCAAAAAUCACCAACUUCUUACAAUCCAUCAUGAGGAGAACAUUAAUAUCUGUACAAAAGUUCACCCCAUAGCUGUCAAAAAUGUCCAUUAAAACCACAAAAUUCAACCUCUUUGUGGCUCUGGAGGAAAAUUAAGGAGAUUGUCAAAGAUCAUCUGAGAACCUUGAUUGUCUGAGCCAAAUUUCAUGAAAAUUUAUCCCCUGAAACAGAGAAACAGGCUCCUGCAGUGUGCAUCAAGAAUCUCUCAAGAAAUGUAGGCACGUUUCAACUGCUUGGAUGGGGGCUGAGUUAGAACCAUGUUCGUUAGCAUGUCACUACAAACUGGCAUACUUAAUGAGGCAAAGAUGUUGAGUUGCAACUAAGCCAUUUUCAAGCCACUUAGGGAUUUUUCAUGGUAAAAGACGGAGCAGAGAUGACUUUUCAGGUGUUAAUGCCAGGAGAGGGACUUGUUUUUUACAGUGCCUUUAGUGAACAAUCUGCACUUAUACCUGUCGUUGCCGCUUUCAAGAUAAAUGUUUCAUAUAGAAUAAAAUGUUUGAAAUAUAAUUAUACAACCGUUAGUUCCGACCAUGUAAUUUGAUUGGACAAGAGGCAU